GAGUCGAGCCGCGCCGGUCGCCUGGCCUACAGCGCCUUCCCGCCACUAGCGACCGCAAACUUCGCUCGCGAUACCGUCUCACACAUCGCCACCUGAAAAAUUAAAAAAGAAACCUUAUGAACUCCUCACUGUGAGACGAGCCGGCGCCGCUCACGGAACCGCUUAAAAAGUCGUAAAACCCCGGCACGCGUUCCUAAGUCGUAAAAUAAUCGUAAAAAGUAAACACACGUCAACUGGCCUUUAUCACCGCCGAAGCCCAUUAUGACGCUCGAGUGACGUUUAAGGGGCAAUAAAAUUAAUAAAAUUAAAUUUCAUUGUCUGGUUUUUGAGUGACAUUGGCGGAGGUCGCGUUAUCACGGCGCGUGGGACCGCGAUGACAUAAGUGUUGUCUAACUGAGUGACGUUUGUGUGUGACUGAUCAGAAUGAACUCCUAUUUCGAGCAGGGUGGAUUCUACGGGGCCCAUGGGGUGCACCAGGGCGGUGGCGGUGGCGACCAGUACCGUGGGUUUCCUUUAGGGUUGACAUAUGCCCAGCCUCAUGCGUUGCACCAGCCCCGGCCACAGGAUUCUCCGUACGAUGCAUCAGUAGCGGCAGCAUGUAAAUUGUAUGCCGGAGAGCAACAGUAUGCUAAGGCGGAUUGUUCGAAAGCUGGUGGUGAACAACAGAAUGGGUAUGGAGGGAAAGAAUGGGGCUCUGGUCUGGGAGCGUUAGUGAGGCCAGCAGCUUGUACCCCUGAAGCGCGAUAUAGCGAAUCUUCGAGUCCAGGAAGAGCCCUGCCCUGGGGGAACCAGUGUGCACUGCCGGGAGCCGCAGCAGCGACAGCACAGCCAGUUCAGCAUCAACCCACCAACCACACCUUUUACCCUUGGAUGGCCAUAGCAGGUAUGAGCUUUAGAGCGAACGGCCUGAGAAGACGAGGAAGACAAACGUACACUAGAUAUCAAACGCUAGAGUUAGAGAAAGAGUUCCACACGAAUCACUACCUCACGCGGAGGAGACGCAUCGAAAUGGCCCACGCGUUAUGUCUAACAGAGCGGCAGAUCAAGAUUUGGUUCCAGAACAGACGGAUGAAGUUAAAGAAAGAAAUACAAGCCAUCAAAGAACUUAACGAGCAGGAGAAACAGGCGCAAGCGCAGAAGGCAGCAGCGGCGGCAGCGGCCGCGGCGGCCGCGCAAGGCCACCCUGAACAUUAAAACAUUAAGGCCUCGGCCUCCAGGCCACCGGGCCUCGCGCGCUAGCCCAGUGAUACGAUCGCAAUCCGCCGAACAGUCCUUAGCUUUGUGUUCUGUAUAUUGUUUGUAAUUAUUUUUCGUUAUUAAGUGUUAUUCGGUUGUUGUGAUUAUUUUUAUUAUAAUUUUUAACUAGACAAAAUGUUUUCUAAUUGAACGAACAAUAAAUAAACUGUUAAAUGCUAGACUAAAAACGGGUCGUAUUAUUUUUUUGUGUUUCGGGUUUUUGUUUAUUGUUGUUUUAUUGAAUAUUUUAAUUCGCAAUCGUUAAAGGCGUUCGGAAACCAGUGCAAUUUGUAGGAAUCUCUUCCGUGUAUGAUAGUGUAGGUGUAUCGUAGUGCGUUUUACAUUGUGCGACGUAGUGCGUAGCUUGGCAGCGUGCGUCUGAACUGUAUUGUACAAAUUUAAUAUGCCUACCAAAGAGACCCGGUCUCGUACCCUUAAAUCUAAGUAAAGAGUCGUAAGUUAUAUCGCUGUCGGACUGUGAAACCUUCCGCGCCAUCUCCUUCAAUACUCUCGCAUAAGUAUACCUAGUGUAAACGUGAUCGUGUUCCUGCAGUUUAAAUAGUCGGUGAAGUUAAACAAAUUGCCAUAAAUAUAAGUAGUUAUUAUUUAGGUGGUAGCGGUGUAAAUAGUUAGGGUUACGACUGAAAUGGAAGUGACCAGUUGGCGAUUGCGCGGGCGCAAGGAAUGGGCAGAAAAAAGUCGGGAGAGGUGCGGGGAGGAGCGGGGCGCGCGCCGAGACCCACCAAACGAGACUAGGUGGUCGUCGUGUAAUCGAUCGAUUUGGUAGGUAGGCAUGAAGUAGCAAGUCGUCAGUCGUUAGCGCGCCCCGCCUUACCAUACCUCGAAUAUUUAUAUGUCGCGAGAUCAAGAUAUCAAAUUCGACUAUCGAAUAUAUUUUUGUCCGCCCACACGACCGCUUAGGCAAUCGACUGCCAGAGAUUUAUUGUCAAAAUUUCCCGUUAGUAACGCUUACCGAGCACACUCCGCGUAUCACUAUUUCACAAAUAAAAGAACCAGUCUCGAUAUCAUCGUCGACUAUAAAUUAUGUGAUGCUCGGGUGAAAAAUCGCGGUUCGCUGUCCGCUUAUUUAUAGGUCUUAUGAAUAAGCUGUAUAUUAAAUAGGACGGAUAUUGAUUAGUUUGUGAUGGAAGUGAUACGCGAUUGUGUUGGAUCGCGAGCAGUUAUCGAGUCGGCUAUCAGUCGGAUCUGCUAUCGCGAAUCGGUUCGGUGGCAGCUCGCUAGGAAUAGGUCGGGUUCCCGCGUUCUGAGCCGUGAUAUAUUGUUCCGCAUCUCCCUGUAUAAAUCUUGAACGCCUGCUGAGGUACACGGGACGCGGCAGCGCGCCGCAACACCGAGCUUCAAAAUGGAAUUGUGUUUUUAUUUAUCGUGCGAAUCGCGCCCCACUAUCGCUCACUCGAAAUCGCACUUUAUCUGCCAAAACCCGAGUCGAAACCGCGCCGUUUCUGCGGCUCUUUGUAGUUACUCACUCAUGUGAACGCGCUUUAGUUUUCUUUGCAUAUGGCUCCUUUUCAAGCACUUAGUCAUAACUAUUCCGCAGUCUGCAAUCGACGCUGUAUUGUAUAUUUUGAUAUUAAUCUCGGAAUUCUACAGAUAGUGGGGUGGAAUUGCUUCAAACACACGCUUAUGUAUUAACACGUUCACUGUUAGCUUUACAUAAUAAUUAAAAUGCUCAAUGAAGAAUUAUUUAUUUUUAAGAGGAAAUCAACAUUAAUUCGAUUUAUUUUGUUUGCCAUGACACUUUAGUAUAUAUCGGUAGUGUAUAUUUGAUAUACAAGUAACUUAUGGUGUGGUAAGAGUCAAGGUCUUGCAGAUUACAUUGAACGUGUUAAAAAUAUCUUUUGUAAAUAUUAAGAUUAGUGUAAAUGUAAUUGUAACAGAAAUCUGAUGUACAACGUCUGUAUACGUUCGUAAUAGUGAUACCUGUACCUACUACAGACUUACAAAACAUUUGUUGGCAUGUUACGUAUGAAAUAUAAAAUUAUGUAUGGCAUUUUCUCAAUAUUAUCAAUUUGUAAUAAAUUGUGCAUUCAUAUUUGGACAUUAAAAUUGUUUUAUGGCACCAAAAUAUGCAUAAAGAUAAUCAUCUCACGAUCAUUAAUAAAAUUCGCAUAAAUGAUUAUAUUUUUAGUAAAUUUACAUAAAAUCAAAAACGUGACAUGCCAACAGUCCUAAAUACGUAAUACAAAGGCUUUAGAAUGAAGAAUAUUCCAUUUAUUAGUCGAUAGCUUAACUUAUUCUUAGACAAAUAGUUUAUCUAUAGUCACAUUAAAAUGACAUAAAUCAAAACUAGUUGUGCGCCCAGUAUACGAAUAGCUAAAUAAUAUAAGUAAUAUUGUAAUUUAUUAUAAGACACAUUAGCAGUAAUAUUUUUGGAUUCCUAUAAACAUAUACGUAAAUGUCUUCAUUAAUAUAAAGAUGAGUAAAAUUUGGCCAAGAUUCUUUCAUUCGAUUUUUUUUUACCUUCGUCAAGUGCCAAAUUAUUUUGUAUUAAUAGUAACACAAUUACGUCUUAUCUAAACAUACCUCUUAAAGUUCCUUUUUAUAAUUAAUUACGUGCCGAUUAAUUAACGAUGGUCCUUUUUAGCGAAAGAAUCUUUGACUAAGUUUUCUUGUCAAAUUUUGUUAAAUAUUGUACAUAAUAUACAUUAUUUAUGUGGCUAACUUUUCUAGUAGAUCUUAAAUUGCAUUUUGAUAUUUUGAAAUUCAAAAUUAGAUCACUUGUUUUUAAACCACCAUUUUAGGCUUCAACGUGAGAUAGGGUAGAACGUAAUCACAAAUCAAUUGAUAUUAUUUAUUUGAAAAUAAUUUUGCUCAGGAAUGAAAUACGUAAAAUUUGUCCUUUAGAACGAGCAUUUGUCAUACGUAAUUACUAGGUAGGCCCAAUUUAUUGUAAUGUAUAAUAAUUAAUAUUAAAUAGUAAUAAAAGAAGAAUACUUAAUGAAUGAGGGAUUUUAGUGUAGAAAAUGAUUUAAAUGUUUGUGUUUCAUGAUUGUAUUGUGUGAAAAGUUGUGUAAUGUAUAUUACCCGUCUACCUAUUUCAUAAUAAUAUGAACGAACAAGCGAUAUUAUAAUUUUUUUGUACAAUGUCGUCGGCUAUAGUGCGAAAUGGAUCUGCAUUAAAUAAAAUUCUGUUACUGUAAA